UUCGUCAGAGGACGCUGUUAGACCAAGACCAAGCUCAUCUUUCAUUGGAAUCUCGACGUGGGUGUGUCAUAGAGGUAUAACAUGAAUUUGUCACUGUUUGUGUUUUCUUGUUUGCUGACUUUGAAUUCUAUACAAGGUCACACUUGGACGGGUUGGUAUGAUCGAGACAACCCUAGUGGUAACGGGGAUUAUGAAACUUUGUACGAUCAAAAGAAACUAGGCUACGUCUGUGGCGGAUGUAAACCCAUCGGGGCAGAGUGUCGCGUGAGGGGAUCAACCAGUACGUUCACGCGCUGGUCUGGAACUGCUCCCGAUACCUUGGCGAUUCACUGUUUACCUACCAAAGGUCUAGCGUGUGUCAACUCCCAGCAGGCCGACGGGUACUGCAAUGACUAUGAGAUAAGAUACCUGUGUCCAACAACGUCUGGAACAUGGACAAGCUAUUUAGAUAGGGAUAACCCAAGUGGCGAUGGAGACUUCGAAACCGUGGCGGAUUUUAGGGAUGAUGGUGUCAACCUUUGCAGUGGCGGUCGCCCGAUGUGCGCUCAUUGCCGCGAUAGAGUAAGCUACCUCCAUUAUUACGCAACAGGAGACACGUACAAUACCAACCAUGACUGUAGCUGGGAGAAUGGCUUGGCUUGUAGUACAGCAGUCAACGGGGGGACCUGCAAGGACUACGAGGCGCAGUUCAAAUGCCCAACCAUAUGCACUUGUAGCUCGUGCUCAUGCGCAACGUGGACUUCCUGGUUGAACAGAGACAACCAAGGCGGUAGCGGAGACUGGGAACUCGUAGGGCCAACAGGACAUAAUCCGUGCUCCGGUCAUGAACCAAUUGAUAUCCAGUGCCGCGUCAGAGGAACCAAUCAGCCAUGGGACCAGGCGGGUCAGGUGAUCAGAGUGAAGUGCACGCCCUCUGAAGGGUUUGCCUGUGUCAACAGCGAACAGCGGAGUGGAUAUUGCUACGAUUACGAGGUCCGUUUUCUGUGUCCAUAAUCCCCCCCCCCCCCCCACCAUGUUUCACUCAACAUCCCGGAGACAAGGACGAAGUGACAGCGUGAUCAUGUUGAAUGGCAUAAAAGACUACUUCAAAAUACAAGACUACUUCAAAAUAGUAUAUCUGUGAUCUGCUAAGUGACCUCAUAUUAAAUGUACCUUUUAACAUACUUUUUAGUAUUGUACUGCCUUUCACCAAACUUCGAGAUGAGGUGACAACAGGCAAUUAGAAAUCUUCUGUUACCCAAAAGGAUGUUUUGCCAUGUAAGAUGUUAGAUAAGUAUCAUUGUGCCUUUCUAUGAAAUAAAUCCA